AUGAGUGAACGCUUAAGUCGCGAUACGGAAUAUGUACUUGUACCAAAUAGGAAGUCGAAGAAACCAGUUCAGUAUGUAUACGAGACAGAUGACGACAACGAAUCGCAAAUAGCAACAGUGACAAGAAAACUGGUUCGACAAAAACCUGUUCUUCAGCAACACAUCAAGUAUAUAACAGCUGAUGAAUUAGAGCGGGAUCAUCGUCGUCAACGAGUAGUCGAAACGAAUGAACGUAAAGUUAAGGUCCGUAAUACAGCAAACGGUGAACCAGUGAUACUCGAUGAAGAUGAUAAUGUGAUCAAAAUCGUUCGAAAUGUACGAACACCUACACCUCCACCUCCACCGGUAGCAUACGAAAAUCGACGAGUUAAGCAUCGUUCGCACGAACCACUACGAGCAGCAUACUACGAAACUCCAGACGGUCGUCUGAUAGCACAACCAGCUAAAAUCCAUCCGUUCAGUAAACCUAAGACUGAAUUGAUCUACACGGAUCAUGACCCAACAAAGUUAUUACGGAAAGUCAUUAUUGAUCCUCGAACAGGCGAACAAGAAACAAUCUAUGAGGAUAGUCCGAAGAAACAUCAUCGAAAGAAGUACAUUGUUCGAAAGCAGACCAAUAACGAAUCAUCCGUCGAAAGUGAUGGUGACGAUGAACAUCAAUCUCAGUACGUUCAGGUAGUACAACGUCAAACAGUACCUACUCAGAUUAUUACUAAACCGGAAAAACCCGGGACGAAAUAUGUCAUGGUCAGAAAAAAAGUCGAUCCCGAACCGGUCUAUGUUGCAUCAUCGCCAUCUCGUCCAAUCAUGAAUAACCAUCGUCGUAUUGUCUACGGAACAGCAACAUCGAGAAAACCAGCAACUACAUACGUUUAUUCAGCAGAUGACAAAUAUUACAAAUAG